UACAACUAAAGGGAUAACCACAAUUAAAACCACAACUGCAAAAUUAGCUGAUAAAACAACCACUAAAACACCUUUUGCAGUGAGUUUGCAAAACAUUUCAAAGGAAAUUAACAUAGAGAGCAUGGAAUCUAACGUGGAAUUCAUCAAAAAAAUCUCAAAAACAAUUAAGAACUUUGAAAACUUAGUCUCUGAUGCUGUCCAAAACAUAGAUAUAAAAGAUCUACCAACUUAUACUCAAUCUGAAGAUAUAGCAGCCUACAUUGGUCGUAACUUAACUGUAGAAAUGGAUAAAGAAAUUGUGAUUAGCGCCAAGACUGAUGAAAAGAUUGUGAUUGCAGUUAACAAGUUUAAACUGUCUGAUGUUGCUUCUGUGGCAUUGAUGGGAGAUAGCUUAAGUUCUAAUAGUGGUGGAAUGAACCUGGACACCUUUGUGGUUUCACCCCACGUAUCAAUCACCAUUCACAAGGAAAUGACAAGAAAACGAUUUUCAUCAGAUAUCUCCAUUCAAUUCACAGUAAUGGAAUCUAUGGACUUGAUAAGAAAUAAUGUAUCUGGAGGCUUUGGUGAAAUCAAUGUCAUUACAUUUUACUACACAUGUGUGUUCAUUGACACAGAAAAAGGCAAAUAUUCUACAGAGGGUUGUACAAGUAAAUUUACAAAAGAUGGAGUAUUAUGCAACUGCAAUCAUACAACAGUGUUUGCGGUAUUAUUCUCGGUAAAAUACAACGUUGUACCAAUGACAGUAAAGAUUGUCACAUUUGUUUGCGAGGCAAUAUCAAUUGUUUGUCUUUUGCUCACCAUUCUAAUAUUAACUCACUUACGGAAGCACAUACGAGGUGACAGGACCAUGGUACAAAUAAACCUUUCAAUCUCUCUACUGCUACUCCAUUUAUUUACAAUUAUACAUGAUGCAGCGAUACAGAAUGACUUUACAUGCCGUGCUGAUGCAGUGCUUAUACACUACUUCUUGCUAUCUAGCGCUACUUGGAUGAUGUUGGAAGGUGUCACUCUAUUUGUAAAGACAACUGACAAAUCACUUGAGUAUGCCAACCUAAAUGCGAGAAAAGUAAAUGCUACACGACUUAUAAUUGGCUGGGGCGUACCAUUCAUUGUGGUGGCUACAACAGCCAGUAUUAGCUUCAACUACAAAAUUUACAUGAACUCAAACCCACCAGACCAUGGAACUACAUAUAGAACAUGCUGGCUAAGUUCUCAGAUUAUUUUAUAUUCUGUAGUGAUACCAGUUGCGAUAAUCCUAACUAUAAACUCUGUUAUGCUGAUCAAAGUUGCUCAUUUUGUGUGUAAGAUGACUUCAGAAAUGAAGAAUUUUCAAGUGUCGGCAAAACAACAAAGUGAAAGCCCUGUGAACAUCAAUGAGAUAACAGCCACUAUGAAAGCACUUUUUACAUUAUUUCCAAUACUUGGAAUACCAUGGGUUAUAUCCAUGUUGGUUGGAAUCGGAGACAAAUCUACUGUCAUUGGUCUAAUGUUCGUUAACGCUGUGGUAAACGGGUUGCAAGGUUUGCUACUAUUCUUGCUAUUCUGCCUCAAUGCAACUGAAGUAAGAAAACUAUUGAUAACUCGCUGGCAAAGAGGUCCACUACAACAACAUAGGAGCAUUUCGUCGCAGGGCGCAACAGCAACAACAACUACAGCCUAA